CCCCUCUAAUCUGGAUCUUUGACAGUUUAUGAUGCCAUUCUUCCUACAUGCCAAGAGCCCAAGACAUGUGGAUCUUCAGGGAAGCGGAUUAAACAAGGAAAAACCAUGGCAUCAAGCUACAUCACAGCCGGCAUUGCCAGGCAACUGACACCGAUCAGGGAGUACCAAACAAGCAUUAGAAGCCAAAACAAAUGGAGCAGCAGAUAAACCAACCUCUGCAGCAACCAGACCCCCAUUUGCCACCCAUUUUGCUCACCAUGGCCAGCCAUGGCUUCCUCCUCUUUUUCUUCCUCUUUCUGCAGCACCUUCACGUCACCAUCUCUCUGCCUGAUCACUCACCGGGAAGAAGCUUACUGGCAUCAGCUCCAGGAUGGCAGCCCAUGCCAUGCGACGCCGCCAUGUCGUCUGCCAACCCAGUCUGCGGCUCCUACCUCUACGUCACUCCGCGGGGGCGCGACCUCUCCCAGGUAGCCUCCGACUUCGCCGCGAACGCGUCUCUGGUGCAGCGCCUCACCCGGCGGCGGCUCUCCGGCUCGGAGACGUCGGACUCGGAGGAGGAGGCCCUGCUGGUGAGCGUGCCGUGCGCGUGCAGGGUGAUCAACGCCACCAUGGCCGGCCUCUUCCACGACACCGGCUACACGGUGAAGGGCGGCGACACGGGCGACGCGAUCAGCAGCAGGACGUUCAGUGGGCUCGCCAUGGACGCCGGCGGCGGCGAUGGCCAUACCCUGGCGAUCGGGGAGAGGCUGGUCAUCCACCUUCCGUGCGGCUGCUCCUCGACGGCGCCGGGGGAGGUGCUGUCGUAUGCAGUUCAGGAUAGGGAUACCCUGGGCGCCAUCGCAAGCUUGUUUGGAUCGAGUUCGAAAGAUAUCUUGGACUUGAACCCUAGCCUGAAAGAUCCUGAUUUUAUAAGCCCAGGAUGGACGCUGUUUGUGCCCAUGGGAGUCGCCGGUUCCUCUAACAGGAACGUUCGCCGUUUGCCGAUCAUAAUAGCAGCAUCCAUAUCAGCUGCAAUUUUCCUCCUCUGCGUGUUAACCAUCACACUUCGCCUGAGAAGGAGGUCUACUACUCUGCACAACGUCGAAGCACCUGCUGCGCACAAAAUGGAGAAACUUCCCAGCAACACGAGCAUUGCUGCCCUUGAGAGCCGUUUCUAUCCAUCCAUGAGAAUCAAUGAAAUUGAUCCAUUCCAAACAGAGAGGCCUGUGAUUUUCAGUUUGGGGGUGAUAGAAGAUGCUACGUCUAGUUUUGAUGAGAAGAGGAAGAUUGGUGAGGGAGGAUAUGGUAGUGUCUACCUUGGAUUCAUAGGAGCGCACGAAAUCGCAGUCAAGAAGAUGAAAGCAAGCAAGUCAAAGGAGUUCUUUGCUGAGUUAAAAGUGCUGUGCAAAGUACAUCACAUAAAUGUGGUCGAAUUGAUUGGUUAUGCUGCUGGGGAUGAUCACCUCUACCUGGUUUAUGAGUAUGUCCAGAAUGGAUCGCUCAGUGAGCAUCUCCAUGAUCCUUUGCUGAAAGGCCAUCAAUCUCUGUCAUGGACUGCAAGAACACAGAUAGCAGUGGAUUCUGCACGCGGUAUCGAAUACGUCCAUGAUCAUACAAAGACCUGCUAUGUGCACCGUGACAUCAAAACCAGCAAUAUUCUGCUGGAUAAUGGUCUACGAGCUAAAGUUGCAGAUUUCGGCCUGGUGAAGCUUGUUCAGCGUAGUGAUGAAGAUGAAUGCAUGGCCACUCGUUUGGUUGGAACGCCAGGCUACCUUCCACCAGAAUCAGUUCUUGAGCUUCACAUGACUACCAAAUCUGAUGUGUAUGCAUUCGGAGUAGUUCUUGCAGAGCUCAUUACUGGUCUCCGUGCGCUUGUGAGGGACAACAAGGAAGCUAAUAAGACAAAAUCUCUAAUCUCAAUUAUGAAGAAAGCAUUCAAGCCAGAAGAUCUGGAGAGCUCACUGGAGACAAUUGUAGAUCCCUACCUGAAGGACAGUUACCCCAUUGAAGAAGUUUGCAAGUUGGCAAACAUUUCUAUGUGGUGCCUAAGUGAGGAUCCACUGGACCGACCAGAGAUGAGGGAGAUCAUGCCAAUCUUGGCUCAAAUUCAUCUGGCUUCCAUAGAGUGGGAAGCAUCACUUGGAGGCGCCAGCGAAAUCUUCAGUGGCGUUUCCAAUGGUAGAUGAUGAUAGCAGCAUGCUUUGGUACAGAGAAGAAGAAAACACUCCUUGUUUUUAUUAAUUUUAAGGAGAGCUGUUUGUUGUUCUGCAUGCUGGGAAUUUAUAUACUGGGCUCCUUACUAACUGUUGAUGUAAUUAUGGGACACGCCUUUUCCUUUCCAUGAAGCUGUAGUAGCAACCAAAUACUCUCUCCAUUCCAAAAUAAGUUUAUCUUUCUAGUUCAAAUUUGAACUGGAAAGAUGAACUUAUUUUGGGA